AUGACACGAGUGGAGACUGUUGAAUGUAAUGUGGAUCCUAAUGAACAAGUUAUGGAUAUUCUCAAUGAUGUUUAUCCAUAUGCUACAACCAACACCAAUCAGGAAGGGGGAGAUGACGGUCGUCCAACCAUGGAUAGUGAGGCAUUCAAAAACUAUGAAAAACUAUUGAAAAAUGCCAAGCAAGAAUUAUAUCCGGGGUGUGAAAACUUUUCGAUGCUCACAGCAAUUGUGGAGUUGAUGCAUGGCAAGAUCAAGUUUCGUUUGUCAAACAAGUGUUUCGAUUACUUUUUAGGAGUUAUCAAGAGGAUGCUUCCAAAGGACAAUUGUUUACCUGAAGAUCAUAAAAGUGCCCAAAAAGUGUUGAAGGGUCUUGGAUUGGGGUAUGAAAAAAUUCAUGCAUGUGUAAAUAAUUGUAUAUUGUUCUAUAAGGAGAACACACAGUUGGAUAAAUGCCCUGUAUGCAAUGAGCCAAGGUUUAAAAUGACAUCACAAAAUAGAAAGACCAAGAUUCCACAAAAAGUAAUGCGUUAUCUUCCAUUGAAGCCUAGGUUGCAACGAUUGUACAUGUCGAUGCACACCGCUACCGAUAUGAGAUGGCAUAAAGAAGGACGAGUAAAUGACGAUGUUAUGAGGCAUCCUGCAGAUGGAGAAGCAUGGAAAGAAUUCGAUCGAAUGUACCCUGAUUUUGCAGCUGACCCGCGAAACAUCAGAUUGGGACUUGCCACCGACGGAUUUAAUCCGUUUGGGGUUCUAAACCAAAUCCACAGCACUUGGCCGGUCGUCGUGUUUCCUUAUAAUCUGCCGCCUUGGAAGUGCAUGAAAAAAGAAUACAUGAUGUUGACUCUAUUAAUUAGUGAAGAUCCAGGAAAGUCCAUUGAUGUUUAUUUGCGGCCGUUGGUAGAUGAGCUAAAAGAUUUAUGGGAAAACGGUGUUCGUACAUAUGAUAAGUAUACUGGGCAAAUGUUCACCAUGAGAGCAGCAGUGAUGUGGACAGUAAACGAUUUUCCCGCGUAUGCAAUGGUUUCUGGGUGGAUGACUAAGGGUUAUUUGGCAUGUCCAAUAUGCAAGGAGAACGUAACAUCGUCUUGGCAUGCGAGAAAAGUUUGUUAUCUUGGUCAUCGUAGAUGGCUCCCUUGGGACAACGAGUGGCGUCAGAACGAUAAAGCCUUCCAUGGCACAAAAGAGACUCGACCAAGACCAAGAGAAUGGUCUGGAGAUGAGAUUUUGGAUCAAUUAAACCGUUUGGAAUUUGGUCAUUUUGGCAAAGGAGUCAGUAAGCCCAGACCAACUACACAUCUGAACUGGACACACAAGAACAUUGAAGGAAAAACGAAAGACACGGUCGAAGCUCGCCUUGAUUUGGAACGAAUGGGCAUUAGGCCAUCCUUGUGGAUGAAGAAAGUUGGUGGUACAUUGAAGAAAGGCCAUCCUUUUUUUACAGUUAAUCCGAAUGGGAAGAAAGAGUUUUUCAACUUUGUUUCUUCUGUAAAGUUUCCAGAUGGGUAUGCUUCCAAUAUCUCACGUUGCGUGAACGUGAGAGGGUGUAAAUUUUCAAACAUGAAGAGUCAUGAUUGUCAUGUGAUACUCCAACGCCUUCUACCGGUUGGUAUUCGACACUUAUUGCCUCUUGAUGUGGUGAAACCAAUCGUGUUGUUGUCUAGAUUUUUUUCACAAUUGACUGCAAGGUGUUUGCGGAAGUCGGAUGUUAAACAAUUGCAGGACGACAUUGUGAACGUCUUAUGCAAGUUCGAACAGAUAUUUCCUCCAGCUUUCUUUACAAGUAUGAUUCACGUGAUGAUUCACUUGCCAGAUGAGGCAUUGCUUGCUGGACCAGUCAAUUGCCGAUGGAUGUAUCCAAUAGAAAGAUAUCUUGGUGAGUUGAAAAAGUGUGUCCGAAAUAGGGCAAAGCCCGAAGGAUCACUUGUGGAGGCAUGGGUCGCAUAUGAGUCACUUACUUUUUGUGCAAUGUAUCUUCAAGAUGUUGAGACAGCUUUCAAUCGUCCUCAACGCAAUAAUGACGGUGGUGUCAGAAAAGAGAAACUAUAUGUUUUUGCCCAAAUUGCGCGACCAUUUGGCGAGCCUGUAAAAGGCGAAUCGUUUACCAAAAAAGACAUGGAGGUAGCGCAUUGGUUCAUACUCAACAAUUGUGAUGAGGUUUUGCCAUACCUUGAAGAGCAUGAACGGUUGAUGAAGCGGGAACAUCCUUCACAUUUAUAUGCCAAGAAGCACCGUGAAUUGUUUCCUUCGUGGUUUCACGAACAUAUGAACAAAUUGAAGGAAUUGAAUUCACCCGCUUACGAUGAAGAAUUAUAUAACUUGGCAAGAGGACCGCUUCACGUUGAAUUGUUCUCAGGUUGUCAUGUCAACGGGAUCAAGUUCUUGGGGGCAACACGUGAUGACAAGUCGUCUACUCAAAAUAGUGGUGUCCACGUCCCGGGUGCGGGCGACAGUGAAGACAUUGAUUUUUAUGGUAAACUAACUAGUGUAGUACAAUUGCUUUACAAAGACAGGUGUCAAGUGAUACUAUUUAAGUGUCUUUGGUUUGAUACAAACCCACAUAACCGAACGAGUGUUAAGCGAGACCAUGGUUUACUAUCAGUAAACACUACCAGACGUUGGUACGAUGAAGACCCAUACAUUUUGGCAACUAUGGCGAAACAAAUAUUCUAUCUAGACGACCCUAAAGCCGGCAAUGGUUGGAAAGUUGUUCAGAAGAUUGAUCGAAGAGGGCUAUAUGAUAUUCCAGAACUAAAUCAAGAUGACAACGACGACAACAUCGCUGACCAACAGUUAUCAUCUUUGAUAAAUAUUGGUGAAGAAACACUCCGAGAUACUAAUGUUGUCCAAGAACCGUUUGAAGUAGCUGGAGUUCCCGAAUUCGAAAUACCAAUAGAGUCAAUUUCAAUUGACCUUGGUGAUCUGCCACGAUACAAUGCACCGGAAGAGGCAAAUGAAGAUGAGGAUGAAUGGAAAUCCGAAAAUGAUAGUAGUGAGGAUAGCGAGAGUUAUUAUUGUAGUUCAGAUGAGGAUUAA